CCGCCCCCUUCGGGCCCGGCCCCGCCCCCCGCGCAGGGAAGAUGGCGGCGCCCAGGCUGGCGGGGCUGAGGCUGCGGGCCUGGCUGCCCCGGCUGACGCAGGUGAGAUGGAGUCGCUACAACCCCAGUUACUUAGAGCCAGAAGUGGACAAGGAAUUGUAUCAGAAACCUUUGGAGGAGCUGUCUGAAGAGGAAAAGGAAAAACUGGAGCUUAAGGCUGUUCAUCCCAUAAAAGCUGCCCCUCCCAGCCUCUCCAGCUCUGUGUUCAGCGACCCCAUGAUCAGUAAAUUCACCAAUAUGAUGAUGAAGGAUGGAAAUAAAGUGCUGGCCAGAAGCCUCAUGGCUCAGACUCUAGAGGCCAUUAAGAGGAAGCAGCUGGAGAAGUACCACAAAGCUCCAGAAGAUGAGAAGGAGACAAUUGAAUGCAACCCUUAUGUCAUUUUCCACCAGGCUCUAAAAAACUGCCAGCCCAUCAUUGGGCUCAGCAACAUCACAAGAGGAGGCAAGACCUACCAGGUCCCAGUCCCUCUGAAGGACAAUCGGAAGCGCUUCCUGGCCAUGAAGUGGUUAAUCACCGAGUGCCGGGAGAACAAGCCCCGGCGGACGCUGAUGCCUGAGAAGCUCUCCCAGGAGCUGCUCCAGGCCUUCAACAACGAAGGGCCCAUCAUCAAGAAGAAGCACACGCUGCACAAGAUGGCAGAGGCCAACCGGGCGUACGCCCACUUCCGCUGGUGGUAGGACCCUGUGCGUGGGACAUGAUGCCACCAGCAGAGCUCCAGGGCCACCUGCCUGGGAGAGGCUGGGGAGAAGAGCAAAAGGUGGCACCUUCCCUUCCAGACAGCUUCUGAACUGAGCCUGGAAAGCCCAUCUGAUCCCUGCAAAGUUCAUUUCUUUUGUGCUGGUUUGGAUGGGGGAGAGGGAAUCUGAAAGAGUUACUGACCCCUGCCUGGAUGUUCUAGUUAUUUCAUUAUCACUUGCCUGUUAAGAGAAGCCUUAGAUGUUUUUUCUUACAGCAAUGCUGUACAAAGUCAUCUACCACUUACCUGUUUCCUGGGGACUUGUCUCUCUGCGCCUGUAAUCACUGAUGGUUUGGCUGCACGCCUCCAUCAGCUGGAUUGGUUUUUUUCCUUAGUAUGAUUGGUACAAAAGGCAAUAAAAGGCCCUUGUUGAUCUUUGGUUCUGGUCAUCAGCAGCAUUGUCUGCACAGAUUUGAUGGGAAUGUUGACAGAAAAAAUAAAACCAGUUUUAAUAGGGGAGGUUUCUCAAUUCCAA